AGACGGCGCUCCUCACACAGAGCUGCCCUCGACCCGGGCGAAUGCAGGCUUGUGCUGCCGCUGCCGCCGCCGCCGCCGCCGCCGCCGCCGCCGCCGCCGGGCCGAGUGACAAAGGAAGGAAGGAAGCGAGGAGGAGCCGGCCCCGCAGCCACUGACAGGGCCCGGGCUGGGGGCAAAGCGCGGACACUUCCUGAGCGGGACCGUGCAGAAGCGAGGGGCGGGAGGGCGGCCGCGCUGGUGCCUUGGACGGGGGAGGGGGCCCCGAGGGACGGAAGCGGUUGCUGGGUUCCCAUGUCCCCGGCGUAUGGGGAGCAGUCGAGGAGCCGCUGCCUGGGGUCUGAAGGGAGCUGCCUCCGCCACCGCCGCCGCCAUGGCCGCUGGAUCCAGCCGCCGCCUGCAGCUGCUCCUGGCGCAAUGAGGAGAGGAGCCGCCGCCACCGCCCGCCUCUGACUGACUCGCGACUCCGCCGCCUUCCAGUUCGCCGGGCCCGUGCCGUCAGGCUGCCGGAUCCCGCCGCUGUCGGAGCCGCAGCGUUUCCCGACGCAUCUCCGAGGCACCCCCUCCCUCUCCCUCCCUCCUUCCUUCCCAUCCCCCUUUCUUUUCAAGCGUGAGACUCGUGAUCCUUCCGCCGCUUCCCUUCAUUGACUCGGAAAAAAAAUCCCCGAGGAAAAUAUAAUAUUCAGAGUACUUAUUUUCAAUCAAGUAUCUGCCCCCGUUUCACGUGAUAUAUAUUUUUUAGGACCUCCCAACCAUUUCUCCCCUCCAAGGAAAGGGAGGGGAAAGAAUUGUAUUUUUUUCCCAGCUCCCGAUCAAUCUAUAUGUUAAAUAUCCGUACUGAUCUGUCUUCAAGGAGAAAUACAUCGCUCGCUUUUUUUUAUAGCUGUACAAAAGGAGUGAAAAGCCAAGAGGACGAAGUCUUUUUCUUGUGGGAGAACUUAAUGCUGCAUUUAUCAUUAACCUAACACCCCAACUUAAAACAAAAGGAAGAAAAGGAGGAAGGAAGGAAAAGAAGGUGAUUCGGAAAGAGAGUGAUCAUGUCAGGGCGGCCCAGAACCACCUCCUUUGCGGAGAGCUGCAAGCCAGUGCAGCAGCCUUCAGCUUUUGGCAGCAUGAAAGUUAGCAGAGACAAGGAUGGCAGCAAGGUGACCACAGUGGUGGCAACUCCUGGACAGGGUCCAGACAGGCCACAAGAAGUCAGUUAUACAGACACUAAAGUGAUUGGGAAUGGGUCAUUUGGUGUGGUAUAUCAAGCCAAACUUUGUGAUUCAGGAGAACUGGUUGCCAUCAAGAAAGUAUUGCAGGACAAGAGAUUUAAGAACCGAGAGCUCCAAAUCAUGAGAAAGCUAGAUCACUGUAACAUAGUCCGAUUGCGUUAUUUCUUCUACUCAAGUGGUGAAAAGAAAGAUGAGGUCUAUCUUAAUCUGGUGCUGGACUAUGUUCCGGAAACAGUAUACAGAGUUGCCAGACACUAUAGUCGAGCCAAACAGACGCUCCCUGUGAUCUAUGUUAAGUUGUAUAUGUAUCAGCUGUUCCGAAGUUUAGCCUAUAUCCAUUCCUUUGGAAUCUGCCAUCGGGAUAUUAAACCACAGAACCUCUUGUUGGAUCCUGAUACAGCUGUCUUAAAACUCUGUGACUUUGGAAGUGCAAAGCAGCUGGUCCGAGGAGAACCCAAUGUUUCGUAUAUCUGUUCUCGGUACUAUAGGGCACCAGAGUUGAUCUUUGGAGCCACUGAUUAUACCUCUAGUAUAGAUGUAUGGUCUGCAGGCUGUGUGUUGGCUGAGCUGUUGCUAGGACAACCAAUAUUUCCAGGGGACAGUGGUGUGGAUCAAUUGGUAGAAAUAAUCAAGGUCCUGGGGACACCAACAAGGGAGCAAAUUAGAGAAAUGAACCCAAACUACACAGAAUUCAAAUUCCCUCAAAUUAAGGCACAUCCUUGGACUAAGGAUUCGUCAGGAACAGGACAUUUCACCUCAGGAGUUCGGGUCUUCCGACCUCGAACUCCACCAGAGGCGAUUGCACUAUGUAGCCGUCUGCUGGAGUAUACCCCAACUGCCCGAUUGACACCACUGGAAGCUUGUGCACAUUCAUUUUUUGAUGAAUUACGGGACCCAAAUGUCAAACUACCAAAUGGGCGAGACACACCUGCACUCUUCAACUUCACCACUCAAGAACUGUCAAGUAAUCCACCUCUAGCUACCAUCCUUAUUCCUCCUCAUGCUCGGAUUCAAGCAGCUGCUUCAACCCCUUCAAAUACCACAGCAGCCUCAGAUGCUAAUGCUGGAGACCGUGGACAGACCAAUAACGCCGCUUCCGCAUCAGCUUCCAACUCCACCUGAACAGUCCCAAGCAGCCAGCUGCACAGGAAAAACCACCAGUUACUUGAGUGUCACUCAGCAACACUGGUCACAUUUGGAAAGAAAAUUAAAAAGAGAAAAAAAACCUGUUCAUUUUAGUGUUCAAUUU